GAAGUUUUUUCACGGGCUAUACAGCGAAAAUUUUCGGAUUUUGCAGAUAUUUCCUUGCGUUUUGAGCAGCGGAUUUUGCAGGUUACAGUGCUGUGAACCGAUUUCCGGUGAAGUUUACGGUUUUUCAUUUGAAACUUCGGGUUAUUUCAUUCAGAAGUGUAUCGGAAAAAUAGUGCAAAAGCAGUAAGUGCUGGCUGACGGAUGGCGAUGGCUGAGUAGAAAAUUUUCUGUGGAGUUAUUUUUUUCCUAUCCGUUCGUCGUCGCCGUUCCUCUAUCGUUCGUCGCGGCCUUCAUCGAACGGAGUCGGAGGGUGAACUUUUUGCAGCUCUAGGAAAUUCUUGGGGAAAGAAAACGCUGCAGCCUGCUAUUGCAUUUUCUCUCGAUUGAGGGGCCAAUCUCCGAAUUGCGGGAUGCGUAGGAAAAUGCGUUUUUGUUUGCAGAAGUGUGUUUCUAGUUGGCAUUAGGUAGUGUUCAAAGGGCAAUCCGUGAAAAACACGAAACGGGUAUUGGUAAAAGUGAGGCUAUCCUUUUUUGCUAAGCUAACCAUUGAUUUUAUACAAAAAUAAAUUUUCUUCCCAUUGCAUUUACCAGAAAAAAAUAUCGAAAAAGUGUGUGUGUUAUAUACUGACAAAAAAUCGGAAGAUUCUGUAAGAACCCAUCCUAAGUGCUUUGAUGAAUACCCGUCCGGCCGGUGAUAGGAAAGUUUUGCAACAAAAUUCACAUCUGGAAGAAUAAAAAAAUAAACAGGAUUAAUUGUUUUAACUAUGGCGAACCCGAGGAAAUUCAGCGAGAAAAUUGCCUUGCACAACCAAAAGCAGGCUGAGGAGACAGCGGAAUUUGAGAGAAUCAUGCGGGAAGUUUCGGAUGUCACGUCCAAGGGUGAUGACGGCAGCACACUGACCGAACUGAAGUCCUAUACGCAGUUGGAAAGCGUAAAAAUUAAAAAGGAAUCAGCAGCCAAGCCGAAUACUCCAUCCAAUCACAGUCGAGAAUCUAGGGUUCGAACUCCUGGUGGACCAAUGCGGAAUCGGCAGUCAAGUCGGAACCACGACACGUCACCAUACGGUAGCAAUUCGGUGCAUCUUAUACCUCCGAUGGAAAGCAACUGGCAUCGGUCCAUUUCGGACUCCGCUAUCCACCAGAGUUUAUGUCAAAACCAGCCAGAGUCCAAUCACCUGAACACAAACUCACCUCUAACGUUAAGUCCAACAGUUCGAAGAAAGAUUUCAAAUGCUCAAAGUAUCUCUAAAGUGCAUCAUCAUAUAUCGUCAAAUCAUCUUGAAAAUCAUUCGCCACAUGAUAUGAGAUCCCGUUCAUCGACCGGUUUACCGGGUCUACCAGGGAUAAACAUUUAUCCAUCGCAAAAUCACACAGAUAGUAUCCAAAUUCCUAUCCCCAGUAAUACGGGCUCGUUGCCGGAUUUGACUUCGGUCGGUUAUCCCAUGUACCCUUCGUCACUGGAUCAAGAAUACGAUCAGAACGCCCAUAACAAUAGUUACUGUGCUAGUCCUCUCGGUACAUCCCCGUCAUCGCUAUCGCCAACGUCGGCCAUCCACAACCAUCACCCGCAGCCUCGACCGAACAAUUUCGGCGGGGGAGGCGGAGGAGGUGGUGGCUAUCCGAUUCCGACCAGCAGUCAUCCCAACAGUGGCAAUGUCAGCCCCAGUAACAGCAACAACACCACCAUCACUAACCUAAACAGCACUACCAGCAGCAGCAACAACAACAACAACGUUAGUAGUACUAACCAUAACAACAAAACAAAGAAUAAUAAUCAGAAGCCGAAGUCUAGUCAGCCUUUUUUAUCUGUACCAGAUAGCAAUAGAUUUACAUUUAUGUCGAAGCAGGGUAAUAAUACUUACGAGCUGAGCCAAUCGCCCCAACCACAGCAGCAACAGCAGCGGGUACCAACAUUGGAUCAAAUUAGUUACGACAAUUUCAGCCAAAUAAACGACGGGUUGUCGUCGCCGAACCAGCAAAAUUCUCCCGAAAAUAUUCUUUAUGGAUCUCAUGGGAACAUUUCACCGCAUGUGAUGCUAGAUUACCGAAAUAGGCCAAGUCCCGGUUCUAGUCCUGGUCUGGUGCUCAACCUCGACUCAAGUUCUAGUGCACCAUGCAGUCCUGUGUCUCAUAGUAUAGGAAGUAAUAACGGACAAUCUUAUGACAAGUAUCCAUCGAAUGAUGUUUAUGUUCAAAACACCCUGCCACAACACCUGGAACACAUAACCCUGGGAGACAACGCAUUACCACCGGAUUUCUCCGCAAACCAGUUGGUAUUUGGAACGUUUGACGAUCCCUACCUGACGCUAAACAACGAUCUCAACCUGCGGACGGACCCAACACAUCAACAGCAGCAACCGCAAUCGCAACAGCAACAACAGCAGCAGCAGCAACAACACCAACAGCAGCAACAGCAACAGUCCCAACAGUCGCACCAGCAGCACCAGCAGCAUCAGCAGCAUCAGCAGCAACAUCCGCAGCAUACCCCUCCACAGCAAUCGCCACACUUAAACUCAGUCACGUGUGGUUCACUUCCCAACAGUGUAAAUCACCAAAGCUACAGCCAUAAUCACAACGGGAGUAACGAACCCCUGCUUAGCCUGCAGACAGCUCCACAAAUACAAACAACUCCCACCACGAUACCAGAGAUUGUGUUUACCGAUUUCUCUACGAGAGCAGAUGACUUUGAAACCGACCUGGGCCUUGGACAGAUGGAUUUCCAGAGUUUCCAGAUGCUAUCCGAUAGCGGCACGAUGAUUGAUCCGAUGGACGAGGAUAGUUUUCGACGGGAACUUCAGUGAGACGACGUUCCAGCUGGUCGAGCUGAUGAUUCGACAACAACACGGUUACAAGCUUUUGUUACGUUGCUUUAAGUUUAGCGUUUUCGUUUGCGUUUAUAGAGCUAGGCGAACGGGAUGAUAGAAGCAUCGGGACGGAUGUCUUCCUCCCCUGGAAGAAUGUGGAUGCACUGUUACUUCGCGUAUGAGAUGGUUCAUUUUUAUACGAGUCAUGCUUUUAAAACGUAGGUGACCCCGAAAUAUCAUAAGACUAUUAAUGUGCAGUACUACUACAAGUGGUUAGUGUGUUUUAAGGUUUUAUCGUAAGAAUGAACAGAUACUUGAGAUAACGAGGAACAAUUAGGUAAGUUAAUCGAUAGCGGCGGCAGGGCAAAGGUGAAUAGUUUAGAACACUAGUUAGCAUGUGAGAGACUUACCGAAAUAGAACAGAGCCGAGGCAUUGAUAGAGAACGAACCUAAAUUGGAAUUUAAGACAUAAAAGCACAAAUCGACUCCGUAUACCGUUUACCUUAAUUUUGGCGCAAAUUUUUUAGUUAUUUGUUGAUCAGGUUUAAUUCCGUACUAAUAUCAUGGAGAUUGAUAUUGCAUGUUUUACGUUAGCAAAUUUAUACAUGACCUUAGUAGUUUAUCUGCAGUAUAUAAUCAGAAGUUUUGUUAACAAUAAACGUACAUGCACCGUACUAGCCUGGUAUGCGAACAGUUACGGAAAUUACUUAACAUUUAUUUAGAAGACGAUCGUUUGUGACUGAGAUGAGUUUUUUUUAUGAGUGAGUCUCAAUCUUUUACACAAAACAACUACUGGAAGAAUGAUAAAGCUGUAUUUAGAUAGAGUUAUAUGCAAAAUAAAUUAACUUGUGAGCCUUCAGAAAAAUAAAACUAAAUCCAAACGAAAGCUGCAUGCAAGGAAGUAGACGUGGCUAAGAGAGACAGUGUGUAAUUUUAAUAAGAAGAAAACUAGUUGAGAAGAUAAAUAUCGUAACAUAUCAAAUCCAUCUUUUCCCCUGCAGCAGACAAAUAGUAAUCCAAUAAAAUCGCUCCCAAAACAGUUUUAUACAAUGUAACCAAAUCGAAAAGUCAAAUAGCAGUUUAAAUAACGUUCAUUUUCUCUCGAUAUUGCUCUCUCUCUCUCCAAACAAAAGUCGCAUUUCCAACUAGCCUUGCAGUCACCGACUAUGAAUAAAUCUAUUUCACUAUGCUUCUACUAGAAUACAUGCUAUUAUACUGUUAAACCAUUACUCUCUUUCCUAUCUAUCAUACAAUCCGUUCUACAUUUUUCCUCGAAACGAUUAAACAAACUAAAAACAAACAAACGAUCUUCACCUAAAAUACACAUUUUUUGCGUUACUAAGGAAAUAACCACAAGAGAUCAGUGUACUUCGAAGUUUUUUAUUCUAAACGUUGAGCAAACACAAAAUGGAGCAAUGGUCACAUAACAGAUGGAACAAGCACCUGUUUAUUGUUGAACUUGAGAAGUAGAGUGAAGCGAAGCUGAAGAAAAAACGACCUAGCGUAAAUGUUACACUAAGAAGA